UCAAUUUUUUGGAAUAUAUAACUGAAUUUUUGACCUAUUAUUUUGGUUUGUGAGAAUAAUUGUAUUCAAGAUGUUUGGCCUGACUUGGGUCAGGUAACGAAGGCCAUUGAUCGAAAUAUUUUUGGUCCGUUCAAAUAGCCUGUAAACAUAAUUGAAAUUCGUUUUACAAGAGCCAAGAAAAUGAGAAAACGCAAGCAACCAAGAAAACUAUCUAAGCGAAGAUAUAGCAAAACGCCACGAUCAAGAAAAUGAGGGAGAGCAGACAAUUAAGAAAAAUGUCUAGGCGAAUUCAUCGUAAAACAAUCACGGACAUACUACAAAUAAAAACUUUCCAACCCAGAUCAGAACGAAUUGUUGCAUCAAAUGUAAUAUUAGCUCCAGUAAACUUAUUUUUAUGUUGUUUUGGAUAUAAAAAGCAGAAAAAAAAUUACUUAAAAUGCACCUCAUUCAAACUACGCAAAGCUGAAAUCAUUCAAAAUAAAAAAACUCAGGGUGAUUCAUUAAAUUUAAAGUUAGUCAAAAUGCCAGAUAAACAGAAUAAUAAAACAAAAAUGGAUAAAAUGUCGGAAAUUGAUGAACAUAUACAAAAACGAUUUGAUAUACGACGGCGAUUGGGUAAGGGCGCUUAUGGUAUUGUAUGGAAAGCUGUUGAUCGAAAAACAAAACGUGUGGUUGCAAUUAAAAAGAUUUUUGAUGCGUUCCGUAAUCAAAUUGAUUCGCAACGUACAUUUCGUGAAAUUAUGUUUUUACAGGCGUUCACCGAACAUCCAAAUAUUAUUAAAUUGUAUAGUAUUCACAGGGCUGGUAAUAAUCGUGAUAUAUAUUUAGGUUUUGAGUAUAUGGAAACAGAUUUACAUAAUGUAAUUAAAAAGCAACAUUUGCUAAAAGAUAUUCAUAUGAGAUAUAUUAUGUAUCAACUAUUCAAAGCCAUCAAAUAUAUACAUUCGGGCAAUGUAAUUCAUCGAGACUUAAAACCUAGUAAUAUUUUAUUAAAUAGUGCUUGCCACUGCAAAAUUGCUGAUUUUGGAUUAGCACGCUCCGUGUCAUCAACCUCAGACAGUCCAAACUCAGAUCCACGUCUCACGGAUUACGUUGCAACACGAUGGUAUCGUGCACCCGAAAUUUUAAUAGCCAAUACAAGGUAUACAAAAGGAAUUGAUAUGUGGUCGUUAGGUUGUAUAUUUGGUGAAAUGCUUGCGACAAAACCAUUGUUUCCUGGAUCGUCAACAGUCAAUCAAGUAGAAAAAAUAUUAUCAAUGUUACCAAGUCCAACUGCCGAAGAUAUUACCAGCAUUACUUCAGGGUUUGGAUCAUCAUUGUUAAAAAAUAUACCAAGUAUUCCUAAAAAAUCACUAAAUGAUGUAUUAAAAGAUGCUCCAGAUGAUGGAUUAGAUUUAAUAUCAAAAUUGUUGAUAUUAAAUCCUACCAAAAGAUUAACUGCGGUUGAAUGUUUAAAGCAUCCUUAUGUUGCAAAAUUUCAUAAUCCAGAUAGUGAACCCUCUUUGAAAAUUGAUAUAAUUCCACCAUUAUCAGAUAAUGUACAAUUAUCUGUAGAUGAUUAUCGAAAUAAACUAUACGAAUUAAUGACUGAACGUUCAAUGUCAAUUAACAAUAAACCACCUACUCCUAGAAUUAAUCAUCCACCGGAAAUUAAAUCAACUACCUCAAGUAGCAUAUCACGUACACCUUCACCAAAAAUGGUACAAUCAUCACUGACAACAUCCAACUUAUACACAUGUUAUCGUAACAAUAACCAAAAUCACAUUAUUACAACGAAAUCUAGUACAAAUUUAAAUCGAUCAAUAAAAUCGAAACUACCCGUACAAGUUACAGUAACUGAAGAAAAAUUCAAAGAUCCAAAAUUUAUAAAAAAUUCACAACGAUUAACAUCAAAUUCCAUAACAAAAACUUACAUUAAAAGUUGUUUUAUUGAAAAGAAUCGUCCGGUUACUACAAAUCAACAACAAAAAAUUAAUGAGACAUCAAAAAAUAAUUAUUUUACAAAUAAUAACAAUUAUGAAAAAUUAAAUGGAAAAAUUGAUGGUGAUAAUACGAUUAUGGGAUGUUUCGGAGACAAUAAUUCAGGAAGUACAAAAAUAAUUCGAACAAAUUCACAAUCGUCGAUUCGAUUACGUAAAAGUAAUUCAACGAAUUAUUCAACAACACAAAAACAUUUUAAUACGUAUAAUCAAAAUCAUGGAAUUAUAUCAGCUAGUUUAUAA